AUGACCUAUAUCCAGUUUGAGGCUGGCAAAAUGCACGUGGACGCGCGCGAUGGGCUCGCGUGGGAUGAAAGUGGAUUUGACCUCACACCGGUUUGGACCCGAGAACCAAAGCUGGAAGCCAUCGAAAAUGUGUGUCGCAACAGUCUCUCAUUAGAUGAUAUGGAGACCUGCGAUGUCACUUUCUAUGCCGAAGGUUCCUUUAACAAGCUCUACCUAGCUCGUACCAGCAACCGCCUGUUCCUCAUGCGAGUGUCUCUGCCCGUCCACCCCCACAGCAAAACGCUGGGCGAAGUUACAACGCUACAAUUUCUCCGCCGCGCGACAAAUAUCCCUGUACCAGAAAUUUUUGCAUACGAUGAAUCAGCAAGCAAUGAAAUCGGAUAUGAAUGGAUUCUGAUGGAACUCAAGCCCGGUGUUCCCGCGUAUAAGAAAUGGCGGACCUUGACCACCUUCCAAAAGGCAGCACUUGUCCAACAAAUUGCUGAAUUUCAAGCUCAGAUGUGCCAACAUACGUUCUCCGGAAUUGGAACCCUCACUCCCGGCGAAGAAGCCGCUGCCCAGAAUGAAAAGCCAGGCGAGAUUGUUUCGACCUCAUUCUUCUCGGGCAACCGUUUCAACUUCGACAUACCCCGUGGGCCGUUCCGCUCAACCCACGAUUGGCUUGUAUCUUACCUCAAAUUCGUUAUCAAAAAUCACACUUUGGUGAAAGAAGAAGCCGAGGAUGAGGAAGACAAGGAGGACGCUGCCUUCGCUCUGUCGGUUGCCAACAGAUUGGUUGAAUUAUUGCCCAAAAUAUUCCCCGCUCUUCAGAACCCCCCGAACGAUCCGUACUUUGGCAUCAAGAUCUCAAUCUCAACAAUAUCCUGGUGGAUGAGAAAGGAAAAGUCACCGCUAUCAUUGAUUGGGAAUGUGUCUCGGCCAUGCCAUCUUGAAUGGCUACUGGAAUGCCAGAAUUUUUGA